GCUGUUGUCAAUGCUGUCGGAUUUGUCAUUAUCUUUUUAUUACCUGAAGAAAUUAGUGUUUGUGAUAACUUUUAAAUAAUUAUUUUGCACAUGAAGUUUAUAUGCUUAGUUUACGUCGGCAUGUCCGUAAACGCACCCAUACCAAAAGUAUAGUCUCCAUACAUUAGUUCUAUAUUUAACCAGCACAUGUGAGUCUAUAAACGCAAGGGCAUCUAUUCAUUACAAGUAUGACGUCAUCUCCAAACAGGAGUGAGUUUUCGAAAGACGCAAAUAAAGCGUGACGCCACCGAACGUCUUUUAUGCAUUAAACAGUGAAACAAUAUCUUUGUGUGUUUGCGUGUACCGGUCGGUUACAGCUGCGGAGUCACCAGCGUUCAAAAAAAUAGAAGGUUUAAAAAAAAAAAAAAAAAAAAAAAAUGAAGUACUGGUUUGGCCUGAGGUCUUUAAACGCAGCAGCAUUCAGCAGCGCUGCGCAGUGUCCGCAAACGGAGUCGACACGUAAAGCCGCCAUGAGCCGAGCCAGGCCCGCACUCGUCUACCUGGUGACCGGGGGCUGCGGCUUCCUGGGCCGACACCUGCUUAGGCUGCUGCUGGAGAAGGAGGACCGGCUGGUCGAGGUUCGAGUGUUCGACAAGCACACGGACGACAGCCUCGAGGGACUCGGAACAGAUCGCACCAAGGUGACGGUCAUUCAGGGCGACAUCACCGACUACCAAAGCGUGCUGGCGGCCAGCCGCGGCGCCGACGUCAUCAUCCACGCCGCCGGCCUGGUGGACGUCUGGCACAAAGUCCCCGAGGACCUCAUCUACGCCGUCAACGUGAAAGGAACCGAGAACGUGAUCCGCGCCUGCGUGGAGAACAACAUCUGCAGUCUGGUGUACACCAGCAGCAUGGAGGUGAUCGGGCCCAACAUGAACCGCGAGCCGUUUGUCAGGGGCAAUGAAAACACACCUUACCAGGUGAAGCACACGAUGGCCUACCCCAAAAGCAAGGCCAAGGCCGAGAAGAUUGUCCUGGAAGCAAACGGCAUCAAGGUGAAAAGCGGCGAGCGCUUGCACACGUGUUCGCUGAGGCCGACGGGCAUCUACGGCGAGGGCCACGAGCUGAUCAAAGACUUCUACAGGCUGGGCGUCAAGAGGGGGGGCGUGAUCGUCCUUGGCGUCCCGGAAACCACCGAACACGGGCGAGUCUACGUUGGCAACGUGGCGUGGAUGCACGUGCUGGCCGCCCGUGCCCUCGUUGAGCGCUUGGACAAGGUCGGCGGCGAGGCCUUCUUCUGCUACGACGACUCCCCGUACAAGAGCUACGAGGACUUCAACAUGAUCUUCCUGGCGACCUUUAACUUCCGGCGGGUCCGCAUGCCGCUGGCGCUGCUGUGGUUGCUGGCCGCGCUCAACGACGUCCUGCGCUGGGUCCUGUGGCCCGUCUGCAACUUCACGCCGCUCCUGAACAGCUACACCUUGAGCGUGGCCAGCACCUCCUUCACCGUGAACACGGACAAAGCGCUGCGCCACUUCCAGUACCGCCCGCUCUACAACUGGGACGAGUGUCGGGAGCGCACGCAGAAAUGGGUCGAUACCUUCCCCUUGGAGAACUCCAAAGACGCCUAAUGGCACCCGAGUGGUUGCUGAUGUCAUGUGACCAAAAUGAAUAUGUUAUUCAAUUACUGUUUAUAUCAGUGCUGCUCUUGUCACGCCACCCCGAUGGGACAGAAUUGCUUUCACGCCCCCCCUAGAAAAUAUAUUAUUUAUCUGUAUGUGUCAAGGUAGUUCUUUCUUUACUAACACUAAAGAUGCUAUUGCGCCAUUGGCUCUCACGCCCCCCUUUCACCAGACAACUCAUGGUGCCCCUCUUCCAGGGCGCUCCACCCCACUACACUGCAUUAAAUGGGCUAUUUGGAACUUGCUCACAGUCAAAUUUCA